AAUUUUCUUUCAGGAUACACAUGUUCAUCACGAGUGCGCAUGUACGAGGUCAUUGUUAAAUUGUUAAAACACAAUCUAAAAAAGCAGCAUAAUAUCAUGUAUUGAAACAUUUAGAUAAAGUGUAAAAUAAAUUAGUGAUCAGAGAAAUUGCCUUUUAUUGAAGAAGCUACAUAUACACAUUUUAAGCCAUGUACCUGGGAUUAUUAAGGAUUAUCAGACGGCUUGAUUCUAAAAUGUUACACGUCCUUGUAACAAACAAAAGGAUCGUCACGGGAACAAUAAUGAUAACAGUACUGUCAUUCGGCACAAUAUGUUACAAUUUACAACUUCAACAUUUCAAGGAAAAAGACAAUGCUUCGAAAAAACAGCGUUCUGGACAAAUCAUUGUUAAUGAAACAAUUAGCAAUUCAUCAUUAAAUCCUACUAUUGACGACUACCAGCAAGCGGCCAAAAUAGUGCAAGAAACGUUUGAUACUUUACAGAAUCCAAAUGAUUGCAACACCACAAAAAGCGUAUUAUGUGAAAUUCCAUCAAACGGGUUCGGCCAUCAAGUCCAUCUAUUGACAAUUUGUUUUACGGUGGGUUUUAUGACAAGACGGACAGUAAUUAUCAAGACCGGCGGAGAACAUAUCUCGAUUGCAGUAUGGGGUAAUUUGACAUUACCUUUGGGCAAAAUAUGCUUCUUUCACAAGGAAUUACCUGUCGAAGUUAACAGUUUAUUUGGAACAGAAGAUAUUCAAGUAAUAAAGGCGAAUUUUCAAACAAACUACUUUGACCUACAUAGAACGCUACCCUCAUAUAUAUCACACAUAAUCAAUCAUUUUCAUUCGAAUCCGUCUCUUUGGUGGGCUGGACAGGUAGCAAAAUUUAUACUGAGACCUAACAAAUCAUUUGAGAUUCUUAUCGAGAAGAGAAAAAAAGAACUUGGAUUUUAUUUCAAAACAAUAGGGAUCUACAUAGAGACAAAAAGCAAAGAAGCUCAAACAAGACAGUACAAUCUUACCAAUUAUAAGAAAUUUGCAGAAGAAUGGUACAGGUUAUACGAACGUAAAACAGGAUUUAGAAACUCAAAAAGAAGGAUUUUCAUAGCUUCUGAUGAGCAUUUAGUGUUGACCGAGGCUACCAAAAUAUUUUCCAACUACAGUAUAUUGUUCAAUACCAAUGUAAAUCAUAGCUAUGCUCUACGUUCAUCACUGGCUGGUGAUAUUAUGCUUGACACCUAUAUGUUAUCGAUGUGUGACUAUCUGAUCUGCACGAUGUCUUCAGAUAUUUGCAGACUUGCGUUUGAGCUUUUGCAGUCACAACAUUUGGAUGGUUCAAAACUCGCUUUAUCUUUAGACUGUCCAUAUUUUAUUGAUAAUUUAUACAGAGAUAGAUGUAAAUUAAUGCCAACUAGAGCAGAUACUUUUCAAAACGUUAUUAAAAAUAUCAUUUGAACAAUAAAAUACAUAUACAC